AUGGCGUACCGGAGGAAGCAGGGCAUCCAGCGGUCGAACACCUUCGUGGAGGACCACCGCCAGCCGUCGCCGGGCGACUCCGCGUCGCCCGCCACCGCGUCCCCGCGCGCCACCCGCUUCGCCGACGACAGCCGCCGGCCCGACCGCUCCCUGGCGGCGCAGACCCUGCUCGCCUCCGCCGCGCGCGGGGACAUGCAGGCGCUCGCCGAGCGCUUCACUGCAUCCUCCUCGUCCCCGCUCGCCGCCCGGCCGAGUGACCCCGUCACGUCGUCGUCCCUGCGGGUGUCCCCGCGCGCCGCCCGGGCGGCUGACCCCGCCACGUCGUCGUCCCUGCGCGUGUCCCCGCGCUCCGGCCGGCCGAAUGACCCCAUCACGUCGACGUCCCCACGGGCGUCCCCGCGCUCCGGCCGGCAGAACGACAUGUUCGCGCAGGAUCCUGUGACCAUGCUGUACACGUCCACGUCGAGCGCCACGAACGACGACUCCAAGCUUUCACCAGUGAAGAAAGACGAGACGAAGCAAGGACUGUGGGGGCUUCUGGCGCAGCAAGCUAAGGCCAUGCUCGACGAAAGUGCCCCCACAGAGGAGGCCCGGAGCCAGCCUCUGGCCACAUCAGCCGGCAGUCCGCAAGCUCAAUCACGGUGGUCCUACGACCCGGUCCGGAAGUCGGAGAGCCCUACGUUCCAGCACGGAUCGGAAGGGCCGAAGUUCGACAUGGGAGGGCACAUCAAGAAUGCGCUGGAGGCAAGUCCAUUUGGUUAA